GCCUUAUAAUUAAUUCUCUUCUGUCCAGUGAAGACGUACGUACGUAGAGAUAUAUACGCUUUUGUCUUCUUCAGCUCAGAGCUAGCUAGCUCUGGACAACAUGAGUGCAGUUCAUCAAGGACAGUGUGAUUCAUUUCUGUUUCAUGCCACAGCUCCUAGGGUUGAAGGAGAUAUAGGAAAUGCUCUAGCAGCUCAACUUACUGAUAGAAUCAUGAUCCUGGAUGGUGGGAUGGGAACAAUGAUACAGAAUCAAGAUCUUGAUGAAUUGGAUUUUGGAGGGUCUGAGUUCUUGUCACACCCAAAGAGCCUAAAGGGCAAUAAUGACAUUUUGAACCUAACUCAACCAGACAUUGUAUACAACAUCCACAAGGACUAUCUGCUAGCUGGAGCUGACUUUGUUGAGACCAAUACCUUCAAUGGCACUGCUGUCUCUCAGUCUGAUUAUGGCACUGAACACUUGGUCUCAAGAAUCAAUCAACAAGCAGCCAAGUUAGCCAAACAAGCAUGCUUAGAGGUUGAGAAAAGUACAGGCAUUCCCCGAUAUGUAAUUGGGUCAAUUGGUCCCACUAAUCGAACACUCUCUCUCUCACCUUCUGUGGAACGACCAGAUUAUCGAAAUAUCACCUUUGACGAGCUAGCUGAUGCCUACUUGGAGCAAGCAAAGGGACUAUUGGACGGAGGUGUAGAUAUAUUGAUGGUGGAGACGAUCUUUGACACAGCUAAUGCACGGGCUGCUUUGUAUGGCAUUGACCAACUUUUUGCGUCAGGUUAUCGUAAAGUGCCAAUUUUCGUGUCUGGUACCAUUGUGGAUAAGAGUGGACGCACUUUGUCUGGCCAAACUACUGAAGCUUUCGUAAUUAGUGUCACCCAUGCCCAUCCAAUGUGCCUUGGACUAAACUGCGCCCUUGGUGCAAGAGAAAUGAGGCCUUUUCUUGCAGCAGUGAGCAGGAAUACUGAAGCUUACACUUUCUGCUACCCUAAUGCUGGACUCCCGAAUGCUUUAGGUGGGUAUGAUGAAUCUCCUGAAAUCAUGGCAAAGCAUAUCAAGUCCUUUGCUGAGAGUGGUCUUGUCAAUCUUGUUGGUGGCUGCUGUGGAAGUACACCUGAACACAUUAAGGCUAUUGCUGAUGCAGUACGAGGAAUUCCCCCACGGUCACGCCCCUCGAACUUGUUCACUGACACACUGCUACUAUCUGGACUUGAGCCCCUCAAGGUGAAUAAGUUCACAAACUUUGUCAACAUUGGAGAAAGAUGUAAUGUGUCUGGCUCAAGGCGCUUCUGCAAACUGAUCAAGUCUGAUAAAUAUGAGGAGGCGGUGGCUGUUGCCAAAGAUCAGGUGGAGAAAGGGGCCCAAAUUUUGGAUAUUAACAUGGAUGAAGGGCUUCUGGAUGGAGUAGGAGCUAUGCAGAAGUUUCUGAAUCUGAUCUCUACUGAACCAGAUGUGGCUCGGAUUCCAGUGUGUAUAGACUCUUCUAACUUUGAUGUGAUUAUUGCUGGGUUGAAAUGUAGUCAAGGCAAAUGCGUGGUCAAUUCUAUUAGCCUGAAGGAAGGGGAGAAAGAUUUUCUCGAAAAAGCCGCUGUUGUCAAACGAUUUGGUGCUGCCUUAGUUGUAAUGGCAUUCGACGAGACUGGUCAGGCAACCUCAGCGCAACACAAGAUCAAAAUUUGCCAACGCUCUUACAACUUGCUUGUGGACAACUUGAAUUUUAAUCCGAAUGACAUCAUUUUUGAUCCCAACAUUCUCACAGUGGCCACUGGAAUAGAUGAACACAAUAGCUAUGGAGUGACCUACAUGGAGGCUACGAAUCUGAUCAAAUCUACGUUGCCUGGGGCUCGUGUCAGUGGAGGCUUAUCAAACUUCUCAUUCUCCUUCAGAGGGGUUGACAGCGUGCGAGAGGCAAUGCAUAGUGUUUUCUUGUACCACGCAAUACAGACUGGAAUGGAUAUGGGCAUAGUGAAUGCUGGAAACCUCCCUGUGUAUGAUGAUAUCCCAAAAGAUCUCCUGAUACUGUGUGAGGAUGUGCUCUGGAACAAGAACAGCCAAGCCACUGAGAAACUUCUUGAAUAUGCCCAGUUAGCUGGAAAAUCAUCGAAGAAGGCUGUCACAACUGAUGAGUGGAGAUCAUUACCUCUAGAACAGCGAAUUGUUCACUCCCUUGUCAAGGGAAUUGACAAAUACAUUGUUGAGGACACAACAGAAGCUAGAAAUAAUGUGGACAGACCGCUCAGGGUCAUUGAAGGUCCAUUGAUGAAGGGAAUGAGCGUAGUCGGGGACCUGUUUGGAGCGGGGAAAAUGUUUCUUCCUCAGGUAAUCAAAUCAGCCCGUGUAAUGAAAAAAGCUGUGGCGUAUUUGAUACCAUUCAUGGAAGAGGAGAAAGCUAAACAGCUUGCUGAAGCUACUGAUGCAGGAGAAACAGUUGAUGCAGCUGCUUAUCAUUCAGGUACUGUGGUUUUAGCCACUGUGAAGGGAGAUGUGCAUGAUAUUGGGAAGAACAUAGUUGGUGUGGUGCUCGGGUGCAAUAACUACAGAGUUAUCGAUUUGGGUGUGAUGACCUCAUGUGACAAAAUCAUCAAUACAGCUGUUGAAGAAAAAGCUGACUUUGUUGGAUUGUCUGGACUUAUCACACCGUCCCUAGAAGAAAUGGUUUAUGUAGCCAAGGAAAUGAAUAGAGUAGGAUUACAGAUACCACUCCUCAUAGGAGGUGCUACAACUUCAAGGAAACAUACAGCUGUCAAAAUUGCUCCAAAGUACAAACAGCCAACAAUUCAUGUGGUUGACGCUUCAAAGAGUGUGGUUGUGGUGUCUGCAUUGCUUGAUAGCAGCAAUAAGGAAGACUUCGUUGACGAUAUUUGUGAAGAGUAUGAACAGAUCAGGGAAGAGCAUUAUGAGUCCAUGAAGGUGAGGAAGUACUUGGCAUUGGAUGUUGCACGUUCGAGGAAGUAUACCAUUGAUUGGAGCAGUUAUGUUCCAGUUAAACCUAUCAACAUCGGAGUUACUGUCUACAAAGACAAAGAUUUAAAUGAUUUGAUUUCCUUCAUUGACUGGAAGCCAUUCUUUGAUGUUUGGCAGCUUCGAGGGAAAUAUCCGAACAGAGGGUACCCUAAGAUAUUUGCUGACAAGGAUGUUGGUGAAGAAGCAAAGAAGUUGUUUGAUGACGCCCAAAACCUUCUCACCAAGAUCAAGGAAAAACGGUUGUUACAGGCUAGAGGAAUUGUUGGACUGUUCCCAGCUUAUUCUGAAAAUGAUGACAUCAUUAUUUUGAGCAGUGACGGUAGUGGCGAGAUAUGUAGACUCCAUGGCCUCCGUCAACAGGUGCAGAAAGAGAAAGAAGAUUCCAGUAUGUGCAUUUCGGAUUUCAUUGCCCCUAAAGAGAGUGGAAAAAUUGACUAUGUAGGAUUGUUCGCUGUGUCAGCCGGUUUUGGAUGCACUGAGCUUUGCCAGAGGUUCCAGGAGGAGAACGAUGACUACAAUGCUAUUCUGGUGAAAUCACUUGCUGAUCGGCUUGCUGAGGCAUACGCUGAAGAACUGCAUGAAGUUAUGAGGAAAUUAUUGUGGGGGUACAGCAGUGAUGAGAAAUUGAAGCCAUCUGAAUUGCAUGGGAUUAAGUAUCAGGGAAUUCGUCCAGCUCCUGGUUAUCCUUGCCAACCUGACCACACGGAGAAGUUGGCCAUGUGGAAAUUGAUGGAUGUCGAACGUCACACUGGAAUUACCCUCACUGAUAGCCUUGCAAUGAAACCUGCUGCAUCAGUGUGUGCCCUGUGUUUCAGCCAUUCUAAAGCAAAAUAUUUUUCUGUUGGGAAGAUAUGCUCAGAUCAAGUGAAUGACUACGCUAUGCGGAAGCAGAUCAGUGUGAAAGAUGCUGAGAAAAGUCUAGCUUCUAUUUUAUCGUACGACUCAUAAGAAUUUUGUUAUGUGAUUGUUAAACUCACAACUAUUGAUUUGAAAUGAGGGUUUGUGUUUUGGAUGAAA